AUCGGUUGGUGAUACCUUGACAUUUCUCCUAUAUAUAUAUAUUGGCAAGCUUAUAUAUAGCUAUCCUGAUAAAAAUCUCCAUCAGCCUCGCCUGCAAAAUGGAAACUUGGUUCAUUAUCAUCAUCAGCCUCCUCAUCUCUGCUCUCAUCAAAGCUCUUUUCAGCAUUUUCUUUCAAUCCAAGAAGCACAGCCUCCCUCCAAAUCCUGUUAACUUCCCAAUAAUCCGCAACAUUUUAUGGUUCAGGAAAUCCUUCUCUGAGCUCGAGCCGAUCAUUCGCUCCUUCCAUAAAGACAUCGGCCCUAUAAUCACUCUCCAUAUCGGCUUUUAUCCCAACAUCUUCAUCGCUGAUCACUCACUUGCCCACCAAGCCUUAGUCCAAAACGGGGCAAUUUUCGCUGACAGACCACGAGCUCUUGCUGCUAAUAAUGUUGGUUUGUCUGUUUACGGUCCUACUUGGCGUCUUUUACGCAGAAAUCUUAUGUCCGAGAUCCUCCAUACUUCGCGCGUUAAGUCAUACUCUCAUGCUCGCAAAUGGGUGCUUGAAAUCCUCCUAAACCGCUUUAAAUCGCAGUCAGAAUGUGGUCAUCCUGUUCUUGUUGCAGAUAAUUUUCAAUAUGCCAUGUUCUGUUUAUUAGUGCUAAUGUGUUUUGGAGACAAGCUUGACCAGAAACAGAUUGAGGAAAUACAGAGAGUAGAAGAAUUGUUGUUUGCAAAUUUUGAAAGAUUGGAGAUACUCAAUUUGUGGCCAAGUGUGACCAAGAUUCUGUUUCGGAAACGCUGGUCAGAGUUCUUGCAGCUUGAAAAGGAAAGAGAAGAUGUCAUAAUUCCACUGAUAAGAGCAAGAAAGAGCUUGAAAGAAGAGAGACAAAGCAAGAACUCUGAGGACCAAAAAGAUGACAAUGAGUAUGUCUUGUCGUAUGUUGAUACCUUGUUAGAUCUACAACUUCCUGAUGAGAAAAGAAAGCUCACAGAGAAGGAAAUGGUGGUUUUAUGCAAUGAGUUUCUCAAUGCGGGCACAGACACUGCAACCUCAUCGUUGCAAUGGAUCAUGGCAAAUUUGGUUAAGUACCCACAUAUUCAAGAAAAGUUGUUUAUGGAGAUUAAAGGGGUUGUUACUGAAGGCGAAGAAAUGGUAAAAGAAGAUGAUUUGCAAAAGAUGCCAUAUUUAAAAGCUGUAAUUUUAGAAGGGUUAAGGAGGCAUCCACCAGUACAUUUUACAAUUCCACAUGCUGUGACUGAAGAUGUAGUUUUGGAUAAAUAUGCAAUACCCAAAAAUGCCCAAAUAAAUUUCAUGGUAGCAGAUAUGGGGUUGGAUCCAAAGGUGUGGGAGGAUCCCAUGGCCUUCAAGCCUGAGAGAUUCAUCAGUGGUGACAUUAAUGGUGCUGGGGGAGAAGUGUUUGAUAUAACAGGAAGCAGGGAGAUUAAGAUGAUGCCAUUUGGUGUGGGAAGGAGGAUUUGCCCUGCAUAUGGAUUGGCAAUUCUUCAGUUGGAGUAUUUUGUGGCUAAUUUAGUUUGGAGUUUUGAAUGGAAAGCUAUUGAUGGAGAUGAUGUUGACUUGUCUGAGGUGCUGGACUUUAUAGUGAAUAUGAAGAAUCCAUUACAAGCUCAUAUUUCACCUAGAUUAAACAGAGGUUUUUGAACCUCAGUCUUGAUUAUUGAAGAUAUUCAAAUUAUGAGUGAUGAUAAGAAUAAUUGUAAAUUAUUAAGUGAUGGGUCCUUUUUUCUUGGAAAAUUCGGGUUGUAUAAAAUCGAUCCAUGAUUGACACA